AUGGAGAGGGUUGCAGAGCCAAAGGUACUUCCUCGGUCCUUGCCCGUUUUGGUUGAAGUAUCUCAUGCACACAAUGCUGCAAUACGAGAAGCUGGCCAAAGACUAAAUGGGCAGGAUGUUUCGGGUGUGCGAGGGAUUCCAGCAAGAGAAGGGACUCAGUUUUCAAAGUCACAAGACGGCCCUAUGACACGCCUUGCCUCCAUCAGAGAAGUGGCUCAGUUAUCAAAUGCAAGAAUAGUUUUGGUAAGAGAGGAUAUGGGAUUCGAUACACGAUCCUGUCAAGAGCCUCCCUCCCCUGUGCCUACAAGAACGUGGAAAGGAAAGGGCUCUUUACCAGAAGCUGUUGAACUUGUGUCUGAUAUUCAGCCAUUGAAGGGUAGGAAUGAUUCUUUGGGGGAAACUGGUCCAAGUUCGUUUGCUGGUGCAAGUCAUCCCCCAGAACCGGUUGAUACUGAUCUUAUGAGAACGGUUUAUGUACCAAUAGGUCAAACCAAAUCUGAGGCAGCAUGCUUAAUGAAGAGUGUGUCCUUGAAGGGUCCUUUCUUAGAAGAUCUUUCAAUUCGUGUUCCCACCAAGAAACCAAGUGUGGCUGUUGAUUCUCCGGCAGAAAGCCUGGUUGAUGAGUCAAAUGAGAUGGGUAAUUUACCCUCGACACCUUCAGGUGCUCGUGCAUCACAGAAUACUGAGAACUCUCCACUUGCCCCAGAUUCUGAGAAAGAAUGUGUUUGGGAUGCAUCUUUGCCUCCAAGCGGUAAUGUCAGUCCUCUUAGUAGUAUUGAUAGUACUAGCGUUGUCAGAACAAUGAGCAUCGUUAAUAGUUGUGCAAGUACAUACCGGAGUGAUGCAGUCACUAGUGAUGGGAUGCUUAGUUUGGACAGGAAUUGUGAUAGCACUAAAGGAAGUGUAAGAGGGGAUUCACUUGAGAGUGGAAAAACUAGUGCUAGUCGAGCAAGUGAUAGCAGUGGCCUCAGUGAUGACAGCAACUGGAGUAACAUAACUGGUAGUGCCAAUAAGCCACACAAAGGAAAUGAUCCUAGAUGGAAGGCUAUCCUUGCCAUCCGAGCACGUGAUGGAAUUCUAGGCAUGAGUCAUUUUAGGUUACUCAAACGACUCGGUUGUGGUGAUAUUGGAAGUGUAUAUCUCUCAGAACUGAGUGCAACUCGAUGCUUUUUUGCAAUGAAAGUUAUGGACAAGGCAUCCUUAGCGAGCAGAAAUAAGCUGACCAGGGCUCAGACAGAAAGAGAGAUAUUGCAGUUGCUGGACCAUCCAUUUCUGCCUACUUUGUAUACACAUUUCGAGACUGACAGAUUCUGCUGUUUGGUAAUGGAAUACUGUCCAGGGGGUGAUCUUCACACCUUAAGGCAACGACAACCUGGGAAACAUUUCUCAGAGUAUGCUGCACGCUUUUAUGCUGCAGAGGUCCUGUUGGCACUUGAAUAUCUUCACAUGCUUGGAGUGGUGUACCGAGACCUCAAACCUGAAAACGUACUGGUUCGAGAUGAUGGUCACAUAAUGCUCUCAGACUUCGAUCUUUCUCUCAGAUGUGCUGUUUCACCUACCCUAAUCAGAAACAUUGACGGGGAUCCCUCCAAACGAGCCGGUGGGGCAUUUUGUGUGCAGCCGGCUUGUAUUGAGCCUUCAUCAGUAUGCAUCCAGCCUUCAUGUUUCAUGCCUCGCCUCUUUGCUCAGAAAAAUAAGAAGUCACGGAGGCCUAAAGCCGAUCCUGGCCUCCCAUCCAGCACACUUCCUGAGCUUGUUGCAGAACCAACAACUGCUCGGUCGAUGUCUUUUGUUGGCACUCAUGAAUACCUUGCCCCUGAAAUCAUCAAAGGAGAAGGUCAUGGAAGUGCAGUUGAUUGGUGGACAUUUGGAAUUUUCUUGCAUGAGCUAUUAUAUGGUAAGACUCCUUUCAAAGGAUCAGGAAACCGAGCUACCCUGUUCAAUGUAGUAGGUCAGCAGCUCAGAUUUCCUGAAUCGCCGGCCACCAGUUAUGCCAGCCGUGAUCUCAUCAGGGGCCUGCUGGUGAAGGAGCCGCAGCACCGGCUCGGGGUGAAGAGGGGUGCGACUGAGAUCAAACAGCACCCAUUCUUUGAAGGUGUGAACUGGGCUUUGAUCAGGUGCAGUACGCCACCAGAAGUUCCAAGACCAGUUGAAUGUGAUGUAGCAGCAAAGUUUGAACCAGUUGAUACAAUCGGGGUUGGCAUCAACAACAGUAGUAAGAGGAUGGCAGGUAAUAAUGACAUGAAGUCUGGGGGUAAAUAUCUAGACUUCGAGUUUUUUUAG